CCUAUAUGACAUGAAAAGGAGCGACAUUGGCAUCAUCCCUGACCAAGUAAUCGACGAGACUAUUCUUACGCUCAACCUCCUCUUUCCAGACUGGGACACUGAUACCAUCAAAUUUUUUAAGAAGAAGAAGAACAAGCACCACCAUAUUCUGAUUGCCGAACCUGCGUAUUACCCUGCCCCGAUCCGCCUCAACGAAUUUUCGUUCUGGAGGGACCGUCUCCACGAACUUUACGUCGAGUUCAAUUCUCCCCCUCCAGCUUGGAAACAACUCUGGAAAGAUCGAAGAAACCCGUUGCAGUGGUACACGUUUUGGUUUGCGAUUCUCACCCUAGGGUUGGUGACCAUUUUGGAGUUAUUGCAUCUGUAACAGCGGUAUAUUCCAUGAACUAUGCACGACAGGCUGCUGAAUAUGCUGCCGCUGCUGAUGCUACUGCAAAGGCUUGCCCCCCUAUAACUUGCGGAAGGGCGCCAACCAUUCUAGCAGAACUAUGACAGGCUAGCCGAACACUCGUCUUUAAAGUGGCUGUUCGAGACCCCGCGGAACGCAAGUGGAUCGAACUCGAGAAUGUUAUGAUGAUCCGCUAUCAAGAUCAAUGGGAUGGGACAGGUGAUUCUGGAUGACGAUAAAUUAUGGUCAUGAGAUUGAUAGGGACUAUCUGCUAUUUUAAUAGCUUGUCAAUGUAGAAGGUUGGGUGUGUGGAAAUGAUUGACCAUUGGUCUUUUCUUCGGAGACAGACACCCCGAGUUAGUGGACUAGACUGCAACCACGAGUGCCACGGUUAUUAUUAUACCAAGGCUGGGCAUAGCACCG